AUGGCAUCUACCGAUCUUAACACUCUUCUUGAAAUGGGCUUCGACCAACCAAGAGCUGAGCUGGCCAUGCAGAAGAAAGGCGAUUUAACAGCAGCAGUGGGGUGGCUCGAAGAGGUGGAAGGGAAGUCGCUCGACGAAAUCAAAGCAGCAGACGCCAGGGCCGAGACGGAUCCCAACACAGUGCCAGCAGACUUGAAGCCGGGCGAGGAAGCCAAGUCGCUCGUGUGCGGUGAUUGUGGCAGAAAGCUUAGAAGCCAUGCACAAGCGGAAUUCCACGCUACCAAGACCGGCCACGUUGACUUUUCCGAAUCCACCGAGGAAAUCGCGCCUCUCACCGAGGAGGAGAAAAAGGCAAAGCUUGAAGAGCUGAGAAGGAAACUUGCCGAGAAACGGUCUGGCACAUCGGAGCAGGAUCAAUUGGACAAGAAGAAGAAUGAGGAGAUCCGUCGGAAGAGCACCAAAGAGACACAAGAUAUUAAGGAAGAUCUGAAGAAGAAGGAGCAGCUCAAGGAUGCUGCCGCGAAGCGCAAGGAGAAGCAAGAUGAGAUAGCCGCCAAGGAGAGAAUCAAAGCGAAAAUUGCAGCAGACAAAGAAGAGCGACGAUUGAGGACAGAGAAGGAAAAAGCGGAACGUGAGGGACGAGCGCCACCAGCAGCCCCGAAAGCCGCCGCCCCCUUCCCUACAACUUCCGGCCCUGUAGCAUCGAAGCCUGCAUCAGCAUACACCGAAACACGCCUACGGUUACAGCUCCCGACGGGCAACAUUCAAAAAGCCUUCCCUGUCGACACCACUCUCUUCGAAGUCGCCUCAGCUGUAACGCAAGACUCGGGUCUUGAAGUUGGAAGCUUCGUUCAAAAUUUUCCAAAGAAAGUGUUCGACGCAGUAGAUUUCGGAGCCUCUUUGAAAGAGCUCGGAUUGGUACCGAGUGCUUCGUUGAUUGUCAAGUGA